UUAACGGAAGCCUUGGGACUAGCCGACCCAGCUUGUCCAGUCUGCAUUCUUCUACCGCAUCUCUGGCUUCACAUGAGCCUUCUUCCAUAUGUUUGGGCCCUCUUGGCAUCGUACCCAGUCGACACCGUGUUGAACGAAGAGCGCGAGUGCGUGCCAAGCGUGUCAACUUUUUGGGCAAAGAUGCUCUCAUAUCCUCUUUCUCCUCUCCUGCUGCUGGUCCGACGCCAAACACCCCUUCCGGCCUUGUGCUUGGCACUGGAA